AUGGCAGAGAAGCUUGUCUUCCAGAAUAAGGAGUUGACCUCAAGACCAUACCACACCGCACCACACCACACUGCACAACACCACACCACACAGCACCACACCACACCGUACCACAUCACACCGCAUCACACAAGACCAUACCACAGCAUACCAUACCACACCACACCACAAAAGACCACGCCCAUACCAUAUCAUACACACUACACCAUAACAUACCACACCACACCGUACCACACCACACUGUACAACACCACACCAUAUCACACUACACUGUCCCUUACCACACUGUCCCAUACCACACGGUACCACACCACACCAUGCUACACCACACUGUUUCAUACCACACCGUACCACACCACACCACAGGACGCUGUACCACAUCACACCACACUGCACAACACCACACCACAGCAUCACACCUCGCCACACAAUACUGUACCACAGCACACUGCAUCACACCGCACCUCACCAUACCACACUACACUGUACCACACCACAACUGUACCCCAUAAGACCGUAGUACACCAUACUGUACCACGCCACACUGUACCACACCACACCGCACCACACUACACUGCACCACAUCACAUCGCACCAUACUACCCAGCAUCACACCACACUGUACCACAUCACACCACACCACACCACACCACACUGUGCCACAUCACACAAUACCGUACCACAACACACUGCACCACACCACACCAUACCAUAUCAUACUGUGCCACACCAUACCACAUUGCACCCCAGCACACCACACCAUACCAUACCACAUCAUACCCUCCCACACCGCACCACACUGCACAACACCACACCACACAGCAUCACACCACACCAUACUACACCACACAAUACUGUACCACACCACACUGUACUACACCACACAAUACUGUACCACACCACACCACAUUGCACCACACCACACCAUACCACAGCACACUGCAAAACACAAGACCAUACCACACCACGCCAUACCACACUGCGCAGCACCACACCACACAGCAUCACGCCACACCACACUGCGCCACACAAGACCAUACCACAUCAUACUAUGCCACACUGCACAGCACCACACCAACCAGCAUUAUACCACAUCGUACCACACCACACUGA